AUGGCGACAAGCCUAGUUCCCGUGCUGGUUCAGAAAGAGAAGGAAGAUAUUUCAGACUUGCGUGUCGGGCAUGGCCUCUCGCUUGUGCCGUGCCGUGCGAUCUCGCUUUCCUUCGUGCGACAAGACGGGUUACCGAAGCUCGUCAACCAAUGGGAGCUGCGCGAGGCGAUCGAGGCGAAAUACAGAUCCCACGCGUCGGCGUCCAAUUGGCCUUCUUUUAACGAGAAAGAUCUCACGAUUUCCUGGACGAAGAACCUCGAUAAGAUCACACGUGGCGAGCCAAUCGCCGUGGCGACGCUGCUAUUAUGGGGACCCUCAGGAGAAUCCGUGGCCUCUUCUGUGGUCUCUAACUUCGGAAGUUGGGAAACUAGGGUUUCCGCGGCUCGAAUUACCUGUCAUGCUGAGCCAGCAGAUUCGCCGUCCUAUGGCGAGCUGAUGCGCGAUUGGCUGGCAGAGGAAUCCGGAAGGAAGGGUGGUUCGGAAAAGCGCCCUGAUACGCUGAGGGUAUGCGGCAUUCCGUGCCGCUGGUUGGCGGAAGAGCGGGUUUCCACGAAGCCGUCGCUGCUGAUCGCCCACACUGUCUUCUCCUCGUUUGGUCCCGUCAGGAACAUCGAGCUUCUAGACCCCAACGAGGAGCUCCCCUCCGCUAAAGUCACACAAGGACGAACCCUGGGGGUUGCUGGUGCAGCAGCAUCGAGGACGGCUGGUUUGGGAUUAGGUUUGGGAGCAGGUUUGGCGCUGAAGCUGGAGACGGACGUGAUGGUGAGGUUCGGCAGCCACAGCACGUUCUGUGAUGCUGUGAAGGCGCUGGCUCGACAUGCUGUGAAGAAGGUCCCUAGCGAGAGUGCAGCUUGUGCUUUACGGUGGGGCUCUAGACGAGGGAAACGUGCUACUCCUUCUCAUUGCUCCCUUCCCCCCGUUCCCUCCCCUCCCCAUCAAACCCCCCCCUCCCCAUCAAACCCCCCCCUCCCCAUCAAACCCCCCCCCCUCCCCAUCAACCCCCCCCCUCUUCAUCAAACCCCUCCCUCCCCAUCAAACCCCUCCCUCCCCAUCAAACCCCCCCCCUCCCCAUCAAACCCCCCCCCCCUCCCCAUCAAACCCCCCCCCUCCCCAUCAACCCCCCCCCCUCUCUUUUUCUCACUCGAGAUCAACGGUGGGGAUUACUUUGACGAUAAAAACUUGCGGCUCUGCUUCAUGUCCCCGUUCUCCCCCACCCCUCUCCCUCUUCACCCCUCUCCCCCUUCACCCCUCCCUCCCUCCACCGCUCUCCCCCUCCACCCCUCCCCCCCUCCACCCCUCUCCCUCUCCUCCCCUCCCCCCUCCACCCCUCUCUCCCUUCCCCUGAAUUUUCACUUGAACGAUUCCUUAGUACAGCUGGUGAUCGACGGUGGGGAUUACUUCGACGAGCGGAACGUGCGGAGGAGGCGAUUCACGAGGGAGCAGCGAGCCGAGGAGGAGAGGCAGCAGCGGGAGCGGGAGGAGCGGAGGAAGGCGGAGAGAGAACGGGCGGAGAGAGAGAGGAAGGAGGUGGAGGAGCGGAAGGCGCGAGAGGAGGAAGAGAGGGUUCGUCGGUGA